GAUCCUUGUGCACUGUAAUGUUUUGCUUAAGUGCGCCACUGCCUGGCCUGCGAAAGCAUAACUUUCUUUUCAAAUCUAUGGAUGGGCAUUUGAACCAUUUACAGUUUGGGGCUAACAGAAGAAGGUGUUGUAGAUAUUUUGUCUAUCUUCUGGAUAUGAGCUCCCAUUUGUCUUGUGUAUACCUAAAUGAGGCAUUUCCUGGUCAUGGUGUUUCUGUUUUGCUUUUGUAAAUGCCUGGGCUUUGUUAGGAAGUUUUCCAAUAUGGUUGUUUAAGCUCCACGAAUAAUGUAAAAGACUCUCGUUUCCACCCUCAACAUAAUUGGUAGUCAGUUCUUUUUAGUUUGUUUUUAAUUUUAUUAUCUUUAUUUAUUUACUGGAUACAGACAGCCAGAAAUCGAGAGGGAAGGGGGAUGGAUAGAGAGGGAGAGACACCUGCAGCACUGCUUCAUCAUCACUUGUGAAGCUUUCCCUCUGCAGGUGGAGACCAGGGACUCGAACCUGGGUCCUUGAACAUUGUAACAUGUGCACUCAACUGGCUGCACCACCACCUGGCCCCAGUUUUUUUUUUUUUUUGACUUAUUUAUUAACAAUAGAUAGAAUGAACUAGAGGAUUACUCUGGCACAAGUAAUGCUGGGGACUGAACUCAGGGUUUCAUGCUUUGAAGUCCAAGAUUUAGUCACUGUGAUACUUUCCAAGCUUCUUUUUUUUUUUUAAAUAUUUAUUCUCUUUUGUUGCCCUUGUUUUAUUGUUGUAGUUAUUAUUUUUAUUUUUUUAAUUAUUUAUUUAUUUUUUAAAAAGAUUUUAUUUAUUUAUUCAUGAAGAUAGAAGGAAAGAGACAGAAAGAACCAGAUGUCACUCUGGUACAUGUGCUGCCGGGGAUUGAACUCAGGACCUCAUGCUUGAGAAUCCAACACUUUAUCCACUGCGCCACCUCCCGGACCACUGUAGUUAUUAUUCUUGAUGUCAUCGUUGUUGGAUAGGACAGAGAGAAAUGGAGAGAGGAGGGGAAGACAGAGAGGGGGAGCGAAAGAUAAAGACACCUGCAGACCUGUUUCACUGCUUGUGAAGCGAGGCCCCUGCAGGUGGGGAGCUGGGGCCUCGAACCGAGAUCCUUAUUCCGGUCCUUGUGUUUUGCGCCACCUGCGCUUAACCUACUGCGCUACCGCCCAACUCCCUUCCCAGCUUUAUUAUCAGUCUUUUAGUAAAAAGGCGAAAGAUUUAUGCGAUCUGAAGAGAAACCAGAAUGUGUCAGUUCUUUUUUUUUUUUUUUUUUUUGUCCAGAGCACUGCUUAGCUCUGGCUUAUGGUGAUGCCGGAGACUGAACUGAUGAGCUAUUCUUGACAUGAAAUGGCAGCAAGAGUGUUGUAGUAGUGAGGGCAAGUUUGGGGAGUAGAGGGUGAAGUGCUAUAAUGAUAUGCUAUAGUGAUGUCCCAGUGGGCUCAGGAGAAAAUGAAGAUAGUGAAGCUAAGAGUACUACAAGGCAGGCAGAAACAAGUCAGCCAUAAAUAAACUGCUAGGCUAAUGAAAAGAUAACUGGAUAAUUUUGUGGCUAGCUACUAAGAGACUAAUGACAACAUUAUUCACAUACAUACACAGACAGCGUGGUGCUUGAAGUAUUUAGCAGCUAAUGUGGCAGGGGCACUGCCCAAUCAUAAGUGUGCCUGCUAGGAAAACAAGCAUGUGUAUACUGCCUGGAAGCUCUGCCUUACUCAUAGGUCUUGACCUUAGCAGUUAAAUAUUGGAGUCAGGCUGUCUGAGCAGUGCCUGAGCUCAUCCUCCUUGCUCCACGACAAGAACGAAGCGCAUCUGGACGCCACCCACUAGGGCUAGAGUGCUUUUGAUGGUUUGGGCAAAUGCCAAUAUUGAUUGAGAUCACUAAAUAUGGAAGUUCUGCAAAGUAAGAAACGAAAUACAAACUGGCGCUUGUGACAAACUUAAGGAGUAUGAAGAGGCAGAGAGGGCCUGGUUUUACAAAACGUUGUGAAUGCACAUUUCAUUUCCAUUUCAUCAACUGUCCUAAAUGCACAAUUAAGGUGGAGGAUGAAGGGACCAAGUUCCCAGGGCACUUCUCUCCCUGAUGAGCUGAGGUCAUCAACUUGCCGCCCCCAGUAGGCCUGGGGGUUUAAGAAACACACAGCGCCCUCAAAGUCGCCCCAGACAGGGUGGGCACGUUUAUCCUAGAACUCUGGACGCACAAUUGAACCCAAUUUCCAGAAAAAACGACCCGCUUUAUGUACAAGUGUAUCCUGAGCACUAAGGGGAUUGCCACAAGGAGCCGAAAAUAGUCGCUGCUCCCCGGGGCAAUGCCGAAUUGUCGCCCACUUGGGGAAAGCUCCCCACCUCCUCCCCACGUUCGGGGAAAGUGCCAGCUGGGACCUGUGUCGCCACCUCCUCUCCUUGCAGGGGACGCCCCGAGGGCCCGCAGGAUCCUCCAUCCGAGAAGGAAAAGCACACUUCAAACUUCUGAGAAAGAAGUAUGCCUCACAGAACAUUUGAUGUGCCCUGUCCCUGGCACCAUUCAUCCAAAGACCAUCUGCUGUGAAUGCCAGGCCAGAUUCAGGGGCCACUUGCCAGUGCUUAGGAGUGAAGCAACGCUGCCUUACUGGGUCCCUCUGUCGCUGAGACCUCGCAAGCAGAUCCAAAAGAUGAUCCGGUUUUACACUCCCCAGACCACCAAGGCGUGUCCCUGCUCUUGCCACCGCUUUGGGGGCCACCUCCCAAUGCCUCGGGAUCAGGCAGUGAUGCCCUACUGGGUGCCACCAGUCCUGAGGUUUACCAGGAAGGUAUUGAAAAGGCGGCAGACUUUGAAAGGCAUGCAAGAAGCCUCCCUGGAUUUGCGUUCCUGGUACAACCGCUGGCGGAUCUGCUGUGAUGGGCAUCUCCUCCUCAAGUGGCAGCAGCUUCAGGCUCUUCAACAAGAUGAGCUGCCUGCCCCAGGGUGGGGAAUGAACCCCCCGACUCCCUUCCUACCCAACAACCUCAACUUCCUGACCUUCUUCCAGGCUAUCCUGAAAGUCAUUGCAGUCAUUCGGGUUAUUGCUGGGGCUUGGUACCUGCACUACCAGUCCACUGCUCCUGUUGGCCACCCCCCCCCCCAUUUUAUUGGCUAGGACAGAGAGAAAUUGAGAGGGGAGGGGGAAAUAGAGAGGGGGACAGAAGGGAAGACACCUUCAGACCUGCUUCACUGCUUGUGAAGUGACCCUCCUGCAGGUGGGGAGCAGGAGGCUUGAGCUGGGAUCCUUGCUCAGGUCCUUGCACUUAUUACUAUGUGCGCUUAACCUGGUGUGCCACUGCCCGCCCCAAUAUCAAAUUUCACUUGACUCGGAUGUAUCACCUCUGGAAAGAACGAAGAAAGAAAUUAAAAAUGGGAAAUGAUCAGUAGAUAUCAGGGUAGGACCAAAUGACAAUUGGCUACAUGUUGAAUUGCCUCACAAAUUGGAAAAAAGGGGAGUUGGGUAGUAGAGCAGUGGUUUAAGCGCAUAUGGCACAAAGUGCAAGGACCAGUGUAAGGAUCCUGGUUCGAGCCCUUGGCUCCCCACCUGCAGGGAAGUCGCUUCACAGGUGUUGAAGCAGGUCUGUAGGUGUCUUUCUCUCACCCUCUCUGUCUUCCCCUCCUCUCUCCAUUUCUCUCUGUCCUAUCCAACAAUGACAACAACAAUAACUACAACAAUAAAAAAAGGGCAACAGGGAGUCCAUCGGUAGCGCAGUGGGUUAAGCGCACAUGGUACAAAGCGCAAGGACCAGCUUAAGCAUCCUGGUUGGAGCCCCAGCUCCCCACCUGCAGGGGAAUCGCUUCACAAGCGGUGAAGCAGGUCCGCAGGUGUCUGUCUUUCUCUCCUCCUCUCUGUCUUCCCCUCCUCUGUCCAUUUCUCUCUGUCCUAUCCAACAACAGUGACAUCAAUAAUAGCUACAACAAUAAAACAGAAGGGCAACAAAAUGGAAUAAAAUAAAUAAAUAUUAAAAAAAGUAAAAAAAAAGGGCAACAAAAGGGAAUAAAUAAAUAUUUUAAAAAAAUUGGAAAGAAGAAGGGGGAAGACCUGGGAGAGAUGGAAAAAGAAAAGAUGCCUGGCUCCAAUUCUAGAGACUGUGAAUAAAUUUACAUGGGGAGGGGACUAGACACACUACUGCUUUGAUUUUCAUUUACCCCAAAGUAUAAUAUUCAAGAUUGGUUUCCUUCAUGGAGAGUUUCCUGAUUCUAGGCCCCUGGAUACUGGUACUUCCCUGUAUCCCUUUCUUGUAUCACUCCUCAAGGAUGGAGCACACACGGAGAACCCAAAUGACGGUGGGAGUACUUCCACUGUCCACCCCCUGAGGCUCUCCAGCAGACCCUGCUCAGGGCUGCUUGGCUUAGCUUGGGGGGAUAAAUAGUUCCUAGUAACUGCCUUUCUCUUUGCUUUCCAGCCAUUUUUUUUGGGUUUGAAGUUGGACUCUUCAGCUACAGUCGAGAACAUCAGCAGAAAUGUCAGUCACAGUCAAGGUCUUUAACAAAGUCAUCAGAUCAGGAGGAGCCAGUCAUAGCCAUUGUUUUCUCAGAUCAUAUCAUUCACACCUAAGAUUCAGAUCCAGAUGACCAGUAGGGGGUUCUUAGUUGUUUCAAAGUUGCCAUAAGUGUGGGUAAAAUCCUGUUAUGAAUUUGUUCAAUAAAUGUUAUUUGUGAAACUCUAAA